GACAGCAGUGCUAAAAAUUUGGUGGGCUCUUCUGUGAAAAGGUGGAAAAAUUGUCAUCUGCGUGUUAAAUGUUCAUUUCCUGAACUGAUUUCAUCCCGGAAAGCCUAAUUUUCCGAUCGCUGCCUGCUGAAUUCGACUCGCAAUCAGCCGAGCAGCGCUCCAACAUGGCCGGCCGAGGAGGAGGAGCAAAAUCCAACGUAAACAUCGAGGAAGAUGUUCGCAUCGCGAUCCACUACAUGAUCGAUAAGUUCGUACAGGACGAGAAGUUGAACGAAUUUGACUUCCCGGCCUCGUUCACCCGGGAGCACCGGGCGUACAUCCACGAUUAUGUUAAAAACAAAUCGCUCAAGUCCAGGUCCCACGGGAAAGGCAAUCAACGUUACCUGACGAUCUACAAAUCGAACAUUCUAUCCCUUAUCCACGACGAUGCCAGCUUGAACAUGAGCGAUAACUCACGGAAAAUGAUUGAGUUGCUGCUUCACAAGCAGGGAGGUUUUCAGAAGGAAAUAGCAGACACAUUUGCCCGGCGAAAGCUUUUUCCGUGUCUCACGGCGUACAGCUUGAACUUGGGUUCGCCCAACAAUUCCGUCAAGUGCAUCCCGCCACCAUCUAAUUCCAGCCUGCCAGUCAUCCAGGAACGUCAUCGACUGCCGAUAGCUCCCUUUCGAGAGACAAUAUUAAAUUGUUUGAAUCAAAAUCAGGUUAUGAUACUUUCGGGCAGUACCGGGUCCGGUAAAACAACACAAAUUCCCCAGUACAUUUUAGAAUCUAGUACACAGCGAGGCGAAGCGUGCCGCAUUAUCUGCACACAACCUAGAAGAUUGUCGGCUAUCACGGUGGCCGAUCGAGUUAGCUUCGAGCGGAACGAACCCCUCGGUCAAACCGUUGGCUAUCAGAUCCGCUUGGAGAGUCGGUUGAGUCCAAUAACAAAUCUGAUUUUUUGUACAAACGGUGUCCUAUUGCGUUGCCUGAUGGGAAAGAACGCUAAUAGUAUUCUAAACGACGUAACCCACAUCAUUGUGGAUGAAGUGCACGAGCGGGAUCAGUACUCGGACUUUUUGCUCAUCUCGCUCAAGGAAAAAGUCCUACAGCACGCCAACAUCAAGGUAAUCCUCAUGUCGGCCACUAUCGAAUCGAACACAUUCUCACGCUACUUCAACAACUGUCCGCUGAUCGAAAUUCCGGGAAGACUGUUUCCGAUCGAAAGCUACUACUUGGAGGACGUGCUGUACAGGGUUGAUAGUUACAAUUCGAAAAUCAACGACGUUAAGCGGCAGUUCAAGAGUACGCCUGAUUUUGCCAGGGCGAUAACACAGAAUCAGCAACGACUGGAUGUGGUCAAUACGGCCAACAUGGAUGACGAAACGAUUCUGCUGAUGAAUGACAUCCUAGAGCUGUGCUGGAUCGAGAAUAAUCCGGAUGAUUUCAAUCACUUUUUCUACUUGGUUGAGGAUGAAAACAAUCCGAUCAACUUUCAGCACACCGAGACGAAGAUGACGGCGCUAAUGAUUGCUGCUGCCAAAGGUUACACUAAUGUGGUUAAGCGUUUGCUGGACAUGGGAGCUGAUUCGUCUAUCAAAGGCAAACAUAAUUUUACCGCUCUCGAUUGGUCGGUCAGCAUCAAUGGGUACAGUGCUUGUUCUCAAAUGUUGGAGAUGGCAACCAAUCCACAGCAGCAACUCCAGCAGCAGCAGAUACAAAUUCAAUCUCCGCCUAGGCAGCUAUCGAAGGUGCUGCUUGAUGUGUACCAUAGCACGGUGAACGAUGAGAAGAUUGAUCACCGUUUGAUACUGGAUAUCAUAAUGUAUAUUUGUACCCAAUUGGCACCUGGUGCGAUCUUGGUGUUCCUGCCCGGUUACGACGAUAUUUUGGAGCAGUUUGAAACCUUGAACAGUCGACUGAGUGGAGUGAUAAAUUACAGAAUCUACAUGCUGCAUAGUAAUAUGCAGACAAACGAUCAGAAUGCUGUGUUCAAACCGGUUCCUCCGGCUACUAGAAAAAUCAUUCUUUCGACAAACAUCGCGGAAACAUCGAUCACUAUCGACGACGUGGUCUAUGUGAUCGAUAGUGGAAAGGUUAAACAAAAGCACUACGAUUCAGUUACGUCGACGACGUCCCUCACAGCAACGUGGAUCUCGCAGGCCUGUGCCACUCAGCGAGCGGGUCGAGCUGGACGAACAAAACCUGGCGUUUGCUUUCGCCUCUUCACCCGUCAACGUUUUGAUUCAAUGGACAAAUUUACGCUACCGGAGAUCCUGCGGGUGCCGUUGACAGAGAUCUGCCUGCAGACAUCGAUCAUUGCUAGUCACACAUCGAUUCUGAAUUUUCUGAGUAAAGCCAUCCAACCGCCGUCCACAAUGAGCAUCAAGCAGAGUAUCAAAUUGCUGCAAAAAUUGGGUGCUCUGGACGACGAUGAAAAUCUAACGGAACUAGGGUUGAUCCUGGCGGAUCUUCCGGUAGAUGCACGAUUCGGAAAGAUUCUGUUGUAUGGAAUUUUCUUGAAAUGCAUCGACCCCAUUCUGACCAUCGUUAGCGCACUCAGUGUAAACGAUCCGUUCGUUCUGCCGACAACUGCUGCCGAUAAGGAUCGAGCGGCUAAAGCAAAACGGGACAUGGCCGAGGAUUCGUACAGUGAUUGUCUCUGCCUGCUGCGGGCCUUCCAAAAGUGGAAUGAGGUCAAACCAUCGAUGAAGGAACGCCAAUUCUGCAAUCGUUUCUUCCUCAACUCGGGUACAAUGGACACUAUUGCCAGUUUGCGGAGUAAGAUUCUCGGUCAUCUACGCUCGGUGGGACUGGUCAAGAGUUACGGGCCCGGAAACAUACAGGAUCUGAACCAGUAUUCGGACAGCUGGGCCGUGGUUAAGGCAUGCCUGGUGGCUGGUCUGUAUCCGAACGUUUGUCGCGUGGACAAAGAGAAUGCGACGAUCAAAACACGGAUCGAGAAGAAGAUAAGUCCCCAUCCAAGUUCGGUGAUUCGGGACAAGUCGUUGAAGAAGAACAAGGAAAGCAUUCUGUCGCUCCCGUCCGAGUGGAUUGUGUUCGAGGAAAAAACUCGGGCUGGGACGCACUGUCUGAUUAAGUGCAAUACGGUUGUGGCGCCAGUGACGAUCGCACUAUUUUGUGGUCCAAUGUUUCUCGUAGAGGAGGAAUCGCUCAUCCCGUGGAAGGAGCUGGACGAGUCCAAUUCGGACAACGAUGAACACGACAUGUCCAACAAAAGCAAACUUGUCGUAGACGAUUGGAUAAAUUUCGCCGUGGAAAGUGAAUUUGGAAUGUCCGUGUUCCACUUCCGGCAUAAGCUGAGUGCACUCUUUCUCAAAUUUAUCAGCAACCCGAGAGCAUAUCAGCCUAACGCAAACGACUUGUACCUGUUGAAUACGGUAGCUCGGCUACUGGAGGAGGAAGAACACCACCUCGGAUUUGCUGGCCAUUCCAACAUUGGCCAGAAGCCUCGACCUGUGAUACAAAACCAUCUGAACCUGAACAAUGGGGCGCCGAAUGCGUUCAACUUUUCACCGAACGAUUUUAAGCAUGGAUCCGGUGGAGGUGGGAGUCACAACAACAACAAUAAUAACAAUAACAACCACGGUGGUAAGCAUCAGCAUCGACAUCAGCAGCAUCACCACAUUGGUAGUGGUGGUGGAGGCGGUGGUGGUGGUGGUGGUGGAGGAGGUGUUAAACAACAUAACAACAAGAAGCAGGAAAGCAAAACAAGGUACUUUGUUGUGCAUGCAGCAUCCAUUCAGCAGGUGCAGCUUGCGGCAGACAGUCCGGAUGGGUGGAGUUUUACCGCGUCACUCCAGCCCAAACUGACCAAAUUUUUGAAGAAAUCUUCCAAUCUAAGCAUUAUCCUGUUUUUCCACAUAUCACAGAGCAAAUGCUUUUACGGUGCAGGACGACUCACGUUGGUAUCGAACCAUACACAUUUGAACAUCUUUUCAAAAAGCACAGUUUCGUUUGAUACGUUGAGCAACUUUGAAAAAAGUUUCCUGCGGGGCAGAAGUUUGGAGCAAUACCUCGACGGUGAGGAAUUGUCCCCACUUUCGGGACACGAAUUGUUAGAGUAUUUGAAGUAAACUUUGAAUAUCUGGAACCAGUUGCAAUGAUAUUCAGUAAGGAAACAGUUACACACAGACACACUCAUAUAUAUACAUACAUACAUACACACUAAACACAAACACACUUUGAAUACAGAAAAAAAAGUUUCAAUAAAAUGAAGAAGAAAUAAGAACAGAAACAUUCUCACUUACCGAAGCAUAAUAAAAGAAGAAAAUAAUGCGAAACACGUGAUCACUUUCUCUUAUCUAGUUUAAGAAUUAUAUUGUAUCUUGCGUCGAAGGAGUUAGAAAUGGUCAAGCAGCUGAUUAAAGUUUGAAAAUACCACACGUAACCCAUUCAAGACACAACACUACAAUUCUAAACGGAACAAAAACAAAUGCUACUAACAUUGAUAAACAGCAAACAACAGAAAUGUACUAUUUAAUUUAAAUUAAAUUGUAAAAGUGAAAUAAAGCUGAAAACUUUUAAAGUUAUCAAUGUGAACAAAAUAA